AUGGCAUCGGCAGCUGAAGAGAACAAGGACAACUAUCGAGGCGUCUUCGAUGGCUGCCUUGGCUUCGGAGAGAAAGCAGCGCUCAUCAUCAUUGACUUCACGAAGGCCUACACCACACCGGGCAGCGCCUGGUACUGUCCUGGAAGCGGCUACGGUGUUGUGGACGCCGUUGCGCAGUCGCGUCCGUUGGUGGAACUCGCGAGAACAAAGGGCGUUCCAAUCUUCUACACGAAGGUGUAUUUCGAGCACCCCAGCGAUGGUGGCAUCUUCACCCAAAAGAUUCCAAAACUGCGCACUUGGACCAAGGACAAUCCGCUGGUCGAGAUCGAUGACAGCAUCGCCCCUCAUGAUGGCGAUGCCGUCCUCGUGAAGCAGUAUCCCUCUGCCUUUUUUGGCACCAACCUGGCGUGCAACCUUCGUGCGAUCGGGGUCGACACGUGCAUCAUGAUUGGGUGCUCCACCAGCGGCUGCAUCCGGGCCUCCGUGCUUGACGGCAUGCAGCACGGGUUUAGGUGCGUCGUCCCACGGGAGUGCGUCGGAGACCGCACGCAAAGCAUCCACGAGUCCAACCUCUUCGACAUCAACGCAAAGAACGGAGAUGUCGUGACAAAGCAGAGUGUUAUGGACUACAUGCUACAGCUGGAGGAAACGGAGAACUCCUCAAAGCGAAGACGCCGCUCUGACUCCAAACUUGAACCCUCUGCCGCAGAGGUCAAGGAUCCGACGGCCGAGCACAAUGCUAGCAACUACAAGGGUGUCUUUGACGGCCAGCUGGGGUUUGGCUCACGGUCUGCUGUGAUCGUCAUCGACUUCACCAAGGCCUACACCACACAGGGCAGCGCUUGGUACUGUCCUGGAAGCGGCUUCGGGGUGGUGGACGCCGUUGCGCAGUCGCGUCCGUUGGUGGAACUCGCGAGAACCAAGGGCGUUCCAAUCUUCUACACGAAGGUGUAUUUCGAACACCCCAGCGAUGGUGGCAUCUUCACCCAAAAGAUUCCCAAACUGCGCACUUGGACCAAGGACAAUCCGCUGGUCGAGAUCGAUGACAGCAUCGCCCCUCAUGAUGGCGAUGCCGUCCUCGUGAAGCAGUAUCCCUCUGCUUUUUUCGGCACCAACCUGGCGUGCAACCUUCGUGCGAUCGGGGUCGACACUUGCAUCAUGAUUGGGUGCUCCACCAGCGGCUGCAUCCGGGCCUCCGUGCUUGACGGCAUGCAGCACGGGUUUAGGUGCGUCGUCCCACGGGAGUGCGUGGGAGACCGCACGCAAAGCAUCCACGAGUCCAACCUCUUCGACAUCAACGCAAAGAACGGAGAUGUCCUGCCUAAGCAGGCAGUCAUGGAUUACUUGGCCGUUUAUCGUCCCACUGCUGGCGUUCGCAUAUUGGAGUGUGAGACAGAGGUCCGGACUGCGACCGGAUCGCUGCGGCUGACUGUUGAGAUUUGGGAUGUGUCCGGUGAUACAAAGUUCCAGAAGUGCUGGCCUGCCAUCAAGAAGGACGCAGUCGGAGCCAUCUUAGUCUACAACCCUGAGAAGCCCAACCACGAGCAGGAAGUGGAGCAGUGGUUCAACUGGUUUCCAAGGACGAUGAACAUGUCCGCCAGCCAAGUGCUGGUGAUGCAGUCACUGCGGCGAUCUGACCUGAUGCGGAGGGUGCCAAUGCCUGCCAAGAUCCAAGCAGCAGGCGUCGGCCAACCGGCCGCGGUGUCCGCAGAGGAUCUUGUCUCCGCGCGGCGAGUCUUCAAUGGAUUCAUGGAGACGGUCCAUCAGAGCGUCAUGGAGAAGCAGCGCCAGGAGGAGGAAGAUGUCAUGAAGGGCGGCUGA